AUGUUUGAGCGAUCACUCUCGGCCCUCAUCAAGGGCCUCCGGUCACAUCGCGGCAAGGAUGAGCCCAAGUAUGUCGCUCAGAUCAUGGACGAGAUUCGCCAUGAAGUACGCUCGGGAGACCUCGAGGUAAAGGCAGAAGCUGUGCUCAAGCUCACCUACCUUCAGAUGCUCGGAUAUCCUUUCUCUGGCGCCAACUUUCACAUGCUCGAGACGAUGGCUUCCGCAAAGUACCACCACAAGCACAUCGGCUAUCUUGCUGCAGCUCAGUGCUUUGCUGCUGACACGGACGUGCUCAUCUUGGCCACCAACAUGAUCAAGAAGGAUUUGCAAUCGAGUCAACCUCUCGAUGUAGCAAUCGCGCUCAAUGGGUUGUCACACAUCACAACACCCGACCUGGCCACGCAUCUGGGACCGGAUGUCAUCAGGCUUUUAACGCAUAGCAGACCGAUGAUCAGGAAAAAGGCGCUGCUCGUGCUGUAUGCGCUCAUCAUCAAGUCGCCCAAUUUGCUCGAAACAGGUUGGGACCGUUUGAGGGAUAAACUCGACGAUUCAGACCUCGGAGUGGUUUCGGCGGCGGUCAACGUUGUCUGCGAGCUGGCUAGGCGUGACCCAAGACCAUUCCUUCCCCUCUCACCGCAGCUCUUUCGUCUUCUGACCACAUCCACUAACAACUGGAUGCUCAUCAAGAUCAUCAAGCUCUUUGGCUCGCUCACUCCCCUCGAACCACGUCUUGUCAAGAAGCUCGUUCCGCCAAUAACCACGAUCAUCUCCACCACACCAGCCAUGUCUCUGCUGUAUGAGUGUAUUCACACCAUCAUCAUCGGCGGUAUGCUUACUCAGCCUGGAGGAGAAGAUCUUGCUCACACAUGCGUCGAGAAACUGGCUGCUUUUCUGACGGAUUCCGAUCAGAAUCUCAAGUACAUUGCGUUGCUGGCGCUUGUCAAGAUUCUGCCGAGUCACCCGCACUUGGUCGCGGAGCAUCAGGAUGUCAUCUUUGAGUCCAUCGAAGAUCCCGAUCUGUCCAUCAGGCUGCGCGCGCUUGAGCUGGUAUCGGGUAUGGCGGUGAGCAGGAACCUAGAAAGUAUCGUCUUGCAGCUACUCUCCCAUCUCGAGCCACCCUCUUCCUCUUCUCAGACCGCCUCGGGCUCUCUCAACGGCGCUGCAGCAGCGCUCAAAGCGAGUUUGGCAAGCGGUGGUUGGGCAGGCUCGGAUGCUGAUCCAUCAUCCAGCUCGUUAGCCGCUAUCACUUCGGCCAACAAUCCGACACUAUCGCCGUCGUACAGGCUCGAGAUUGUCGAGCGCAUUUUGGCGCUGGGAAGCUACGAUACGUACGCCAACGUGGUCGACUUUUCUUGGUAUCUCGAUACACUUGUGCACUUGUCCAUGGUUACCAAUUUGCCAGAUGGGAACAGCAUCGGGUCGCAGAUUCGAGAUCAGCUCAUUGACAUCACCGCUCGAGUCCGGGCCAUUCGACCGCACGCGACACGCGUCAUGGUUUCUUUGCUCAGCGAUGGACGUCUGGUGCCCUCGUACGAUUGGACGCGAUCCGAUGCAGGAUUAGUCCUGACCAGGCCGUUGUCAGGUGCUGCGGGCGACGAUAUGAGAGAAGCACGCAAAGUGCUUCACGCGUGCGCUUGGAUCCUGGGCGAAUAUGCCUACGAACUCGGCAGCCCUGCUUCCCAAGUCAUCGUGCAGCUGCUCAGACCCGCUCUGUUCGAUGUCGCUGUCUGCGAUGCUUCCACCUCGGCAGCGUGCGUACACGGCGCGGUCAAAUUGUAUGCGUUCUGGGCUUCGGCGCUCUCGACGCGGUGGAGCCAAGAUGGUAUGAAGCCGCAGGUUGAAUUCGACGAUCUAGUUGAUACAACACACGAGGUUGCGGCGAGGUUCGAGGCGAUUCAGAGGAUGUCGUUGGAUGCAGAGGUGCAGGAGCGAACGGUCGAAUAUCGACAGCUGUUCAGGCUGAUACAGAAGGAUUUCGAGUCGUACCAGGCCGGGCCUUGCACAAAGGACGCUAAGGCAGCGGAAAGCGCAGGUUCGCAUUCGAAAGAUGAUCUAGGAAAGCACGUUCAGCAAAGCGAGAAGAGAGAGCCAACUCAUACCUCACCACCACGAAGUCUCGAUUUGCUCUCGCCGCUAUUUUUCAACCACGCACUCGGACCUUUGGGUGCCAAUGCACAGUCUCGAGUGCCAGCGCCAAUCGAGCUGGAUUUGAACGCGUGGAUCGUCGCUCCUGAAAGCUACGUCGUUCUGGACGGAAUCCAUCUUCCGUCGCACCUAGAUGCAGAUAACGAUGCGCCUUCGACCACCGAUGUGGUUCAAGCCGCUCCCAAGUCCGCCGAUAAGGAGAGCAAAGCGCAACGCGACGCAAGACUGCAGGCUCAACGCGCACAAGAUCCGUUCUACAUUGUCAGUGCUUCCAACGCACCGCGGCAAACCGCACGACAUGUAGACGAGGAGCAAGAUGUGGAUCAGAUCCCCAUUGUUCGAUUGGACACUCUUAUGGGUUCAGUAAUAAGGGGUGCGCAGAACGAACAUGUGAGCGCUCCAGUGUUGGAACAGGAAGAGAUGCCCGAGCCGAUCGCUAGGAAGAGCAAAAAGAAAUCAAGUCUCAAGGUCACGCAUGCACAAGAUGCUGAUCCAGAGGGUGCUAUGAAGGUGGUCAAAGUGACCAAGAAGAAGAAGCCGUCCAAUAAGAGUGGGGCGUCGAGGGUUGUCAUUGAUUGA